AUGUUGCAGAAACGUGACAGGAGUAGGCUUCAGGGUUGGUCUUCAGUCGCAGCAUCUUCAGAAACUUUCAUCUGUCUUAGCGAGUGCUACGAGGGAGAGGAGCCACGGUUGUCACAGGUUCCGGUUCAGGAACAGACUCCAACUCAUCAAAUCAUUAUCAAACCAAAAUCAAAAGCUGCGGGCCAAAUCAGAACAAAACAGAGUCACGAGUCAUGUUCUUCCCGAGCGACAGUCGCCGCCGCCCCGCAGCCUCCGCCGCCGCCCCGCAGCCUCUGCCGGCCCGCAGCCUCCGCCGCGUGGACUGACGGCCCCGGCCCUUCCGUCGCACCCCCAUCUCCUUCGUCGCAUCCGCGAGGCGCCACCACGAGCCGCCGCCCCUCCCCCCGUCGCGGGACUCACAGCUCCGGCCUCUCCGUCGAGCGUCGACACCCCCUCUUCUCCGCCGCGAGCCGCCACGCCCUGCUCCCGUCGCGGGACCCGUCUUGUCCGCCGCAGCCGAGAGCCGCCGCCCCUUCCUCCGUCGCGGGGAUCGCCUGGAGAUUCACUGCCCUGUCAUCUCCGUCGCCGCCCCCUCCCCUCCGUCACGGGGAUCGCCGGGGGAGUCACGGGCCCAUCCCCUCGGUAGCGGGAAUCGGCCGGGGCGUCGCUGGGAUCGCCGGGAGCAUCGGUUCUGUGGACGUCGAUCUGAACGGCGUGAAAGUGUGGAGCCUGGAUGUUCUGAUUGGCAUUCAGAAUAUACUGAUGCAGGCGCCAGCAAGAGUCCUCAAGGCAGCAAGUCCACUGACAGGUACAAUGACCACAAAAGGAGCAGGAAGCAAUCGUAUGACGAUCCCUAUCUUGAAGGGCGCUAUUCCACUGCACACAAAUCACCAAGAAAAGGGCACAGCACUAAAAGAAGCUCCAGGCGUUCCACAGGAGAAGUCGCAGUAGUCGUGAUUCGUGAUUGAGGCAGCUGAAUAUCUGGGCAUCUGGCCACUGGCAACUCUGGGUUUUGGACGAUAGAAUGCCGUAUAGAUGGCACUACCUCAUGUAGUAGUCAUUUGCCAGCCUUGUUUUCUACUGCUUUUUUUCCCUUUCCUCUUUGUUGAUGAGAGGUUCUUUACUGGAGAGAGCUCUCUUGCGAUGCAGAAGGCUUAUAAUUUUUUUCUUCUAAUCUAGAGUUAUUGAUACUAUAUGGGAACGAUGUUACAGUUGUAGCUAUGAGAGUACAGCUCAUAAAUCUAACAAUGCACAAGAAAGAGGCAGAAGUUUCCUGUC